CGAUAAGUCAAAGGGCGACGUAUAAAUAAGAGUCGACCGACAGCAAGGCAAAGACUCUAUGUAUUCCUCUCCUAGCUCUGAUCAGCAAAUAUAACAACAUGUACAGUGCGCGCGGUUUACUUUUCCUUUUAUUUGGAUUUGCCGUGCUGAAGUUCAUUACCUGUUUCAGCGAUGGAUCGGAGCUGGAGAGUGAAUGUCAAGGAAUGAAUAUCAAUCAUGGAGGUCUACCGGCACAAGACAAUGAUGAAGCCCCUUUUAAGAUUGAACCAGAAUCCACAGACGUGGCGCCUUCUGACAUCGGAACGAGCAUUUCUGUGUCGCUUUCGGUGGAUGCUGAUUUUUUUAGAGGGUUCAUGCUGGACGCUCGCGAGUCUGAGGACGCGCCUGCUGGUAGAUUUACUUUGACAGACCCGUCCAACUGCGUGCUCAUCUGUGGCGGCCGUGCUGUUGCUCAUAGUAAUAACGCAGAAAAAACGAGAGUUGAAGUGUUGUGGACCCCCGAGGAGGUUGGAAAGGUUUUCUUUAGAGCUGCAUUUGUUAAAAACUUCAGAUUAUUUUGGUUAAAGAAGCCUUUACCCACGACGGCUGCACCUCCAACCUCUGAAGCCACAAGUACACAAAAAAUCCCAACAGUAUUUACAACAACAUCAAAUGCUACAGUUGGAGCAAAACCACCUCUUCAGUGUGUACUAUAUAUGAGAUGUGUUUUAGCACUGCUAUUAUUCAGUCGACUUUGUUUUCUUGGAGGCUCCUCUCUCCUGAUGAUCAUCAAACCAGUUUCAAAAAUAGCCCCCAUGACCGCAUCUCUCAUUGAACUAGCCUCCAAAAUUAUUGCUGCCGUCAUCAUACUAAUAAAACUAAUUCAACAUGAGUGUGGUAGUUCGCAGAUUGUGUUUACUGCUUUGACAGUGGCUGCCAUGGUUUCAAGCCUGAUGCACACCCUCACCGUUUUCCUUCACUGUGGACCGAGCCAUGAAUUAAGGAAAUGUUGGCUCUGUGCUGUCAUAAUGGUGGAUCUAACUAAUAGUAUCAUUACAACAGCUGUAGUAUUCAUCGGAAUACUGCGCUUUCAAGAGUCCUGGCUGCCGUUAUUAAUGGGAUUUUAUGUUGUUUGGGAGUUCAUGCUUUAUCUUGGCUCAGUUUGGUUUGAAAAACACCAGUCAAGGGGAAACCUCAAAAAAAAUCAGAAUCAUAUUUUGGAAAAAAAGACCUCCCUAUGGUUGGUUACGUUCAUCAUCUUUUCAGUGUUCAAUGUGAUGUUUACAGCUGCACUCGUAACAGGAGUGUCUUUGGUCAAAAUGAAAAAUUCUUGAAGGAACGUCUGCAGAUUUUUUUUUUUUUUAGGGCUAAGCAAAUAUGGGUUCAGCUUUUUACAGGCCUUGUAGUCCUUUAAAGGCAACUACUUUAAUGGAGUCAGAUUAAUUAUAUUGGACUCAGAUAGUAGCCGAAUUACGCACACCAUCUUUCAACUGCUUUUUUUAUGAUUAUUGGUUCAAAAUAUCAGUGUACAGUACUAAUUUGUAGAUAUGUAUCUAUAUGUAUUUGUACUUGCUUUUAUUAUUACUAUUGUUCUUUUUUAUUAUUGUAAGUUAGGAGAUGAAAUUAGGAGUGUUAAAUUCACCAAAUACUAAAUACAAAAUAAAUGUCUUCAACUGUUAAAAACA